GGAUAAAGGCACAGCGCAGCGCCGGUCUCUAUCUCUGUCCCGUAGCAGCCAUGGCACGCUCCGCUCUGCUUCUGGCCGCCGUCCUGGUCGCCGUCCUAUCUCUGUCGCUGGCCGCGGAGCCCAGGAAGCGCCCGCGCCUGCUGGGCGGCCUGGAGGAGGCGGACGUGCGUGAGGAAGGUGUGCAGCGCGCGCUGGACUUCGCGCUCACCGAGUACAACAAGGCGAGCAACGACCGCUUCCACAGCCGCGCGCGCCAGGUGCUGCGGGCCCGCAAGCAGUUGGUGGCUGGUGUGAACUACUUCCUGGAAGUGGAGAUUGGCAGAACCACGUGCACCAAGUCCCAGCCCACCUUGUCCUUGUCAGACUGUCCCUUCCAUGAAGAGCCACACCUGAAAAGGAACUCAGUCUGCUCUUUCCAGAUCUACACAGUGCCCUGGGACGGCAAAAUCUCCCUCACCAAGUCCAGCUGUCACGAUGCCUAGGCUCUGUGCCAGGCCACGCCACGCUAUCCAUCCCAUACCCUUGUCCCCUUUGGUGUCCCCUUCCUGCAAUGGAGCCCAGCCCUGGCACCCAGGGACGAGAACAGCCGGCUUCUGCAGGCAGUGUGGAUACCCACAAGCUGUCCCCUCUUCUUUUCCUCAACCUUAACCACACCCAUGUGUGGGGCCUACAGCCACCCCUGCCUUGCUGAAUAAAAAGCUGCACCAGC